AUGGCUGAAGAGGCGAUCAAUGUCUCGAAAUCUCUUUCCUACAACUGUGAUUUAGACAGUACAACUUCGGGGAUCUCUUUUGUACAAUCAUCGGAAGGAGACUAUGGCAUAGUCAGUGACGGCGACGAGUUCGUGGUUUCAGAGAGAGAACAUUCAGUCUACACGGAACGUUCAUCGGUCUACGACAAUGACCCAUUUGAGGAUCCUGACUCAGAGCCUGAGCGCGCAGCAGAAGCGGGCGAUAAAUAUCCGAUCGGUGCUAUUGCACAGCGUGUGACCAAUCGAGACGGUGUUCUAGUAACGCAAUUUCUACUACUCUGGCAGUCAUGGGAGGAUUCGAUCCCCGAAGGUUCAUAA